ACCGUUACCAGCGUACCAAAAUACCCGUAUAAUUGAGAAGGCUAAGGGGGUGUAGCGAGAAAGUAGAGUAGCGACGUUGCUUUCGUAGUACUUGAAAUGGAGGAGAAGCAAUCUCACAGAAACACACACAAGACAGGGAAAUUGAACUGAGAGAAAGAGAAAAGAAGAAGAAAAAAACACAUUGACCGCCAUUAAAAAUCACUUCCUCUUUUUAUAUCACUCCCAAACACAUUCCUCUCAUUUCCUUCCCAUUUUCCCUUCUCUCAAUAAACCAAUUCCCCCAUUCUCAAACAAACUUAACCACCCUUUGCGUUUCCCAACAAUUCGGUCCGGUUCGGUUCGGUUAGGUCCGGUUCAAUUGGAUUAUGGAACAAACCACGCUCGAAGCCAUUCAGUUCAACGAGGAAAUCCAGGGCAUCAUGGCUCCGCCGCCGGAAACCGCCAAUUCCUUCACAGCGCUGCUCGAGCUACCGCCGACGCAGGCCGUCGAGCUCCUCCACUCGCCGGAGCGCGCCGGAAAGCCACCGCGCCACAGUCCCAAACCCUAUCCGUUGACUUCCUUCGCCUCCGCCGGCGCCGCCAACCUCACCUUCCCUUCCAACGCCGCGCUGAUCGAACGCGCCGCCAGGUUCUCCGUCUUCGCCGGCGAGAACUCGCCGGAGGUGAAGCGCGAGCUGCCGGAGACCGAUUCCAACCCGAGCUCGACUCACGGAGGCGGCUCCGUCUCCGAUCCCGCCGUGGAGAACAAGAACUCGAAGAGCGCAAAGAGGAAGGAGCGAGAGAAGAAGGUUAAAGCGUCGUCGAAGAAGAGUAAGAGCGGCGCCGACGAGAGUUCCGGCGACGGCGAGAAGCUUCCGUACGUUCACGUUCGAGUUCGUCGAGGUAAAGCCACUGAUAGCCAUAGCUUAGCAGAAAGGGCUAGGAGAGAGAAGAUAAAUGCUCGGAUGAAGCUUUUACAAGAGCUGGUCCCGGGUUGCAACAAGAUAUCAGGAACAGCGUUGGUUCUGGAUAAAAUCAUCAACCAUGUGCAAUCUCUACAGCAUGAAGUGGAGAUAUUAUCAAUGAAAUUAGCAGCAGUUAACCCAGUAAUUGAUUUCAACCUUGACAACUUAUUGGCUACCGAAAGAGCAUCUCCAAUGGAAUGUAACUUCCCCCCUACAGUUGCACCCGUCAUGUGGCCAGAAAUCCCACAGAACGGAAAUAGACAACAGUAUCAGCAACCAUGGCAGGUUGAUGCAUUCCACCAAGCCCUUUGGGGGAGGGAAGAAAAUAACACUAAUUUCAUGACACCAGAAAACUCACUCCUGAGUUAUGACUCAUCGGCAAAUUCAGUAUCUCUGCAUUCAAAUCAGUUGAAGAUGGAGCUCUGAAGGGCUACAGAGGUGGUGGUACCAAUAGCAAUUAGCCUAUUAGUGUAUAUAACAAAUAUAGUAUUAGCAUUCAGCCGUGAUUUGAGCAGCUUCAACAUUCAGCAGGUUUUCCUUGUCUUCUGUUUUGUCCGAGUCAGUUGGAAACCUGGAUUUUAUUCAGCCAGCAAGGAAGAAGAAUGGGUAUGCUAUUUAUAUAUAAUAUAUUACAAUCAUUAUGUAUACUAACUACAGGGAUCAUUCAAUCUGUGAAGUGAUUGAUUGAUUCAGAUUGUAAAAUCAUUGAACGGACAGUUGCUGAACAAUCAUGGAAGUUUGUUGCUUUGUUCAUUGAAUGCUACUUAGAUGGUUGGUUCUUAUGAUUUUUCUGAACAAACUACACUAAUUUUUAAUGACGGGCAGUAUUUUAUUUAUUUUGCA